AUGCCUAGCAUCACCACCAAUGAAGGAUACACCUUCAACAACUGGGGCCCGGUCACCGCCACUUUUACAGCCCCAGCAAGUUGCUCUACCAUGAGCAACAUUAUGAUCGGCAGUCGCGGUACCAUUCCCUUCCUUAUGUACGAGGAACAAUGCUCGACUACCAGGAAUUAUGAUUGUAUCCCAACAGGUACCAUCACGCCCACAACGACAUACAAUCCAAACCCCACGGAAAUUUACCAGGAAGCAUAUUUCUCACCAGGACUGUACUGUCCAGCGGGAUGGGCUACCGUCGGCGUUGCGGCCCGUAAUGCCGACAGUUCCCUGAGCGUCGGGGGUAUACUGACCAGUCAACUCGCGGAGGUGAAUACAGGCCUUCCACAUGUGCCGAUAUUUUUAAACCCAGCGACCCUGUUGGUCGAGCUUUUGGAUCCGAAAGAGAGCGCUGUCAUGUGCUGUCCACGCGCCAUGACGGCAGACAUAUAUGUCGGAUGCUAUUCCACGGUCUCGAAUUACAAGGUCACAAAACGCUGUGUAGACCAGAUACCCGGCUUGGAUAUUGGGGAAGUAACCAAGACCCACACGUGGAAUGGGACAGCCGUUACGGAAUUAUUGGUCACAAUCACCGCUACCUAUCCCAUUUCGAUUGUCGAGAAGACAUUUUCCGUUGCCUCAGAAGCGUCUUCUCUCGUCGGUAUUUCCGUUAUGCCAAUGAUCACACUUGUGCAUCAUCAAUCCGAUGCCCAGGCUACCGGGAGAGCUGCGUCUACAUCAAAUGCGGCAUCAAGAGUUGGAUCGAGGUCAACUUGGAAUGGAUUGGGUGCUGUGCUUGGGAUUUUUGCUGCCGCUGUGGCUUUGGGGGCCUCUAUCAUUCUUUGA